AGCAUCCCUGCCGCCCUCGAACACCGCCACCAGCUGUUGUUUCUUUUAGUAACAAAACAUUACUCUGUUCCUGACAGCCGCACUUCAAAGAGACAGUGGCAGAAACAACGACCGGAUUUUUCCCUGAUUUCUAAUGUUCCAUUUUGCACGGUGUCCAUUUAAUUUACGCACUGUAAGUUUUGCAGUUGUGUUCCUCUUUGACAAACAGAGUCUGCAACUGUAUGUCCUCAACUGAAAGGUCUGGCCAAACAUGUAGCCUUACAAAGAGUACUUCAGCCUCUGAGGUGGAGAAAGUGCCUCACUGUUGUUUACCUUCUCCCACCGGGAACGUCAAGUCUCAACCUUGACCCAGCUUCCUGGUCCUCUCAACUGGUCCUUUCUCCUGGGCAUUAUGGGUGAGAAGCGAGGACAUCCCUUCCAGCUGCUGAACCGGUCACGCAGAGACUUCAGUGGACGUGGUGGUAUCCUCACCAACAUGGAUAGGUGCCAGGGCCUGGGCUCCAUGGACAGUGCUACCGCUGCUGGCAGUACACGCUACUCUCCUGUUUCACUGGAACUGGACCCGACGGUGAAUAAUGGAUCAGGCAUUCCCUGCAGCCCGCAGACAGACACAAAGGACCCAUCGCUGCACAUCGACGGCCAGCUUCCUGCCUACUGCCCGAUUCCUUCUCCUCUGCCCCGAGCCAGUCGGAAACCCUUCCAGAGUCCCUACAUCAAGACUAGCAUGCAGGGGGAUGUCUACAACUUCCUAGAAAGACCCGCUGGAUGGAAAUGCUUUCUGUACCACUUCUUGGUUUUUGUUAUGGUCCUGGUGUGUAUAAUAUUCAGUAUCCUGUCGACCAUAGAAAACUAUGCUGAUUUUGCAUCUGGCCUUCUCUUCUGGAUGGAGAUUGUGCUGGUGCUGUUUUUCGGGACGGAGUACGUGGUGCGGCUCUGGUCCGCCGGCUGCAGAAGCAAAUAUGUGGGGAUCAAGGGAAGGCUGCGCUUCAUCAGGAAACCCAUAUCUAUCAUAGAUCUAAUAGUCGUUGUGGCCUCAGUCAUAGUGCUCAGUGUGGGCUCCAAUGGCCAAGUAUUUGCAACAUCUGCCAUCAGGGGGAUCCGGUUCCUCCAGAUUCUACGUAUGCUGCACGUGGAUCGUCAGGGAGGAACGUGGAGGCUUCUGGGAUCUGUAGUCUUCAUCCAUCGACAGGAGCUGAUCACGACGCUGUACAUCGGUUUCCUGGGGCUGAUCUUCUCCUCCUACUUUGUGUAUCUGGCGGAGAAGGAUGCUGUUGACGAGGAGGGCAAGACUGGCUUCUCCAGCUAUGCCGAUGCCCUCUGGUGGGGCGUGGUGACAGUGACCACCAUAGGCUAUGGAGACAAGGUUCCUCAGACGUGGGUAGGGAAGUGCAUCGCCUCCUGCUUCAGCGUUUUCGCCAUCUCCUUUUUUGCUCUGCCGGCAGGUAUACUGGGCUCUGGCUUUGCUCUGAAGGUGCAGCAGAAACAGAGACAGAAACAUUUCAACAGACAGAUUCCGGCUGCAGCCUCAUUAAUCCAGACGCUGUGGCGUUGCUAUGCAGUAGAGAAAUCAGAUGGCAGUUCUGCCACCUGGCGAAUGUAUGUCCUGGCCAAACCCUAUGUCCCACCCAUUAUCUCUGAAAACCACAGCCCCAACCCCAAACACAAGCAAAGCAAGCGCACCAAAAGAAAAAUGAAGAUGGUUCGGGACAACGGAUCCCUAAACGCCAUUGGACCAAGGAAAAUAUCCAUUCCUCAGAUCACCUUUGACCACAUCGAAGGCAAAGACCAAAAGGAGGUCCCGUUCUUUCUAGAAGAACGGCCAGGCAUCACCCGGAUGUUCAGACAUGGCGUUCAGCACUCAUGGUCUUCUUUCAAUCUGAGCUGUCCUGCCUCUCAAGUUGAGAAAAAAAGGGACAUCUCCCGGGCCAACAGUUUGUCUGAGGACCUGGACUAUGUCUGCGAGGACAUCCCUUUACCCGUGGUGUCUGACCAAGCACAUCUGUUGACCAGCCCAUAUGUGGCAAACAUCCAGGACUCAACUCAACACUUGAAUUUCAGAAGGUUGAGUCAUGCCCACAAGUCAGCAAUCAGAGUCCUCCGGAGAAUGCAGUACUUUGUGGCCAGACAGAAAUUUCAGCAAGCGAGAAAGCCGUACGACGUGAGGGACGUGAUAGAGCAGUACUCCCAGGGACACCUCAACAUGAUGGUCCGCAUCAAGGAGCUUCAGAGGAGGCUGGACCACACGUUGGGGAAAGGAGGCAUGUUUCUGCCAGAGAAAGGCAUAGAUAAGGAAUACAACACUAUGGGAGCCAGACUGAUCCGUAUGGAAGAUAAGAUCGUCCACAUGGACCACAAGAUCGAGGCGGUGCUGAAGAUCCUGGUGGACCAGUACAAACCCGACGAGGAGCUGAUAGAGAAGCCGCCGCCCCCUCCGCCCCGAGCUCCGUGCGUCCCCCGGGUCUCCAUCACCAGGGGGUCGAGCUCCGCCUUCAGUUUCGAUGGCGUGCAGUGACGUCACAGCGGGACAGAGCGGCGCCGGCAGGGUCCUCCACCAGUGCCUGGCGGGGUCGGGCAUAAGACAUCCUGCCUGGGCAGCGGGACCAUCACUCCGAUGGAGGGACCACUCCACCUACCUCAUUUAGAAGGUGGCGUAGUUGCCCACCGACCUCAUGCUUUUCCCCUGGGCUCUGUUCGAUCUGUACGGCUGAAGCGUUGCGGAUCGCGCAGCGACAAAUGUGGAGGUGAUUUCCAGUUGAGCCGAGAUACAGCGUUAGCAGAAAGUUGGCUUGAAAUGUCAACCGCGCUCUAACGCCAAGCUUCAGCGAUACGCAUCGAAUAGAGCCCUUACUUUCAGAAUCCCCGAACCCUUUAUAUCACCGUCUUUGACCUCAGAGAAAGACGGCAAACAACUCAACGCGGCUUUUGUUGCUAUGUGGGAAGCACUCGUCUGUCAGGGCAGCUAAGAGAAUUGGGAGACGUUGACAGUGAUAUCCAGCACAGUCCUGCCAUCCACCCUCCCUCCCCAUCUCAAUUCAUUCUGGAGUUUCUUGUCUCUUUCUCCUACUCUAAUAACAGCCCCAUAAACAUCCGCUGUUGAAAAUGUCCACAUCGUACCAUAGUGAGAACACAAACGACCUGUUAUACGGUUCAUUAGCCUGUCACUUCUACUCCUCGGUAUGGAGCGUUUCCGUCCUUGGCUGGAUGGAUAGAACAGUGCUGUAAAAUGGUCUAAAUGGUGCCAAGAUUGUGACACUCGAGUAUGUUCUCUGUUGAGUGCUGCAUCCUUCUCAGGGCUGCGUCCUUUAUACUAUCGCUCAGUGAGGCUCAUCCAAGCGCCGCAAUAUUAUUCUUAAGCAAACCAGCAGUUGGUGUGAAACACAAUGAUCAGCGAUUAGAUCGUGUCCAUCCGGUCGUAACGUCAAAGCCAUUGAAGCGUAUUCUGAAAAACACACGUGUGGGUUCCGACGAUGUGUUCACUUUCUAAACGUCUCCAGAGAGGGAGUGAGACCAGACUCGGAGAAGAGAUGUGUGCGGGGCACGGCGUUAGGGUCAGCUGGUAACAGUGAGUAGCCAGUCGACUGAAGCGUUUGCUAAAUGCCCGGAUGGAGGCCCGGCAGUCUAACAGCGGAAUUCUUCCAACUCUAAUGAUCUUGGCACUGUUUAAACAAAAGUACAGUGCGGCUGUUUCCAUGAAGCCACCGAUUCAUCUCCCCUUGGACUGUAUUCAGGGCGAGGGGAGAUGAUGGAGUGACCUAUAGGAGAACCAGGAGAUGACUCGUUGACCGGGGUCUGCAUCGUUAUUGGGCAGCGAGAGCGUAGUAGGAGGAGACCGCAGCUCUGCAGGAACCAGUCUGUCGCUGAUGUACAGUGAAGGUUAGGCUAAUAAAAAUAGCAAAACAGCCAUGACAAGGCAGAGUGUUAUGUUACAGAAAUACUGCAUGGGGGAAGAACAGUGCAGGGAGUUAUGGUAUGGCCUUUUGCAGUUGACCCCGUGCCAAUAUCACUGGGAUAUUUAUAUGAACCACUUCAUUCCCCACCCUCUGUUUUUCAUGAUAAAACACUUCUAUUUUCCCCCUUCCAGACUCCAAACUGCUGUGUGCAAUUUGAAAUGAAUUUGCCCCAUUAGAGCACUGAUUAUUUGUCUGUCUCUUGCUAAUUAAGUGCUGAAUUCCUGGUGAAGGGAGAUUACUCUGUGUGUGCGUUUACUAAUGAAAAGAAACACUGGAAAAAUGUGUACAAUUUAAACAGUAGGCUUUGAGCCGCUCACUUCAUAAUUCAGUGUGAAGGGCCUGAAAUAUCAGGCUACCCCUAAAGGAGAGGUAGAUGUACCAGGCUUCAGCUUCAGAUUUCACUGUAAAGCCCUUUAGAGCAUUUGAAUAUGAAUAAAUAAUGUAUCUAUUUUUUUUGUUCUCACUACACAUAUGUUGUAUGCCAGCUGGGUUUAGCCAGUAGAAAAUAGUAAACAAUAACCAAACUAUGUAUGCAAGCCCUUUUAUAAAUGUAGUACACACAGUCCUCAAAAGAUGGCGACAAAAGAGGGGGUGAAAAGGCAAAAGAAAACAUGGAGAGAGGGAAGGAAAAAUGGAGAGAGGAA